AUGCUGCCGUUCAAGAUGUUGCCGCCCAAGAUGCUGCCGCCCAAGAUGCUCUCCGGCCUCGCCGCCGGCCUUUUCCUCUUGCUUCCGUUUGUUGCUGCGGCGGGCGAGCAGCAGGACCUGGGCUCCGUGCUUGAGGCAAGCCAGGAUCUUUCCAAGUUCUAUGACCUGCUCAAGAAAUACCCCGAAAUCUUGCUCCAGCUCCCGAGCUACACGGGCGUCACGAUCAUCGCCCCCACCAACGAAGCCUUCGACCGCAUCCCCUACACCUCCCUCAACGCCGCCUGGGACCCGGCCGACAAGGCCAAGACGGUGCCCCUGUUGCAGUACCACAUGAUCCGCGGCACCCUCGCCACCGACGACGACGCCGCCCUCAGCCCGGGCCCCACACGCGCCCGCGCAACCCUCCUCGUCGACCGGGCCUACGCCAACGUCUCCGCCGGCCAGACCGUCCUCGCCGCCAAGCAGCCCGCCGGCGCCGUCGUCUUCACCUCGGGUCUCGGCUCGCGCUGCUCCGUCGUCGAGUCUGAUCUUCGGUUCCAGGGCGGCGUCGUCCACGCCGUCGAUAACCUCUUGGUCCCGCCCGCGCGUCUUGCCCAGACGGCGCGCGCCUUUGGUCUGACUUCUUUUCUGGGCGCGCUUUAUGCUGCCGGGCUCAUGCCCGCUGUUGCUGAUCGGAGCAAUGUGACUGUCUUUGCGCCCCAGGAUGCUGCCUUUGCCCUGGUCGGCGGCGGGCUCGAGAAGAUGAAGACGGCCGAGCUCGCCCGCGUCAUGAGCUACCACAUCGUCCGCGGCCAGGUCCUCGUCUCGUCCGCCCUGGCCAACGGCUCCAAGCUCGAGACGCUGGCCGCACCCUCCGAGGCCGGCACACCGCGCCCCGUCACCAUCCGCCAAGCCGGAAACAACAAAUACGUCGACUCGGCCCAAAUCAUCCAGCCCGACAUCCUCAUCGCCAAUGGUGUCCUCCAUGUUGUUUCAUCUGUGCUCAGCCCGGAUGCCGGGACGGCGGCUGUCCCCAAUCCAGACUCGGCCAUUCAGCCUCCCGUUUUCCCCGUCAGCCGCGCUCGUCACCCCUUCACCUCGGCCCUGCCCUGCACCACGAAUUGCCCCGUCGCCUCAUCCGACGUCUUGGAAGCCGCCUCCACACCUUCCACCACUUUCUUCCUCGCCAGCUCCAGCAAAGGGGUCGGGGCGCCUGGCGCCGCCUGUACAGCCCAUGUGGCCGGGGCCGCCGCCAUUGGUCUUUUGGGGGUCGGUGCUGGGUUGGCGCCUUGGCUAUGA